UUGGCAUAUUUUGCAGGAAGGGGGGAGGGCUGUUUUCAUGUGUGUGUGUGUCCCUGAGAAAUGAGAGAAACGGAGGAGGGAGGAGAGUACUGAGCUGAGAGAAAUCUGUCAGAUUCAAACACACUGCUCUGUGUGAGCGUGUGUGUGUGUGUAUGUGUGUGUGUGUGUGUGAUAGAGAGAACGAGGGAUGAGGAAAGAAGCAGAGAGCAGAGGAACAGAUAGAAAGAGACAGAGGAGGACCACAAAGUGAGGCCAGUUUACCUAUGGCUCAGCGUUCAGAUCAGGAGCUCUUUGGAUUCCAUGGAAUAAUCGACCCAACCGACAUUACCACAGGAAGCAGUCAAACAACCCUGAUGCCGAUGUGCCUCACACAGCCAUAGAUUACCAAGGCGCAGAGGUCAGGGGUGAAGGGUCACGGAUUACAAGAGCUGAGGUUGAGAGGUUUGAGAAAGGGGGGACGGCGAGGCAGCAGGAAUCAGGCAUCGCGAGGGAAGGUCUCAGUGACAAACGAGGGUCAAGGGAUUAAAAAUGAUGACAUCACAUGGAAAGCUGAGAAAGGAGAAGGGGAGUCUGGCCGAGUAUGAAUCGCAGAUGAAAGACCUGCGGGCCCAGCUGACAGACCAGAUAAAGAUUUUAGACUCUCAGGUGGAGGUGAAACAGCAGCAGCUGUCAGACCUGUCUGAGUUUCUCCGGCGUCGUGGUGACAUUGAGAUCGAAUAUGCUCGUGCACUCGACAAACUAACCGAGAGGUUCACUCACAAGACUAAAAAGAAGGAGCAGUGGGGUCAGUCUGUGUGUCAGGUCUGGUCUGUCUUGCUGACUCAGACCCGCCUAGAGAGCCGAGAACAUGCAGCACUGGGGGACACCUGCUUCAACACACUCACACAGAGGCUGACACACAGUACGGAGGACACGCAUCGUCUGCAUAAAAGGAGCAAAGAAGUUGGAAUCCAGAUGCAGGAUGAGCUGCUAAAAGUCACCACUGAACUGCAGACAGCUCUGAAGACAUAUAACCAGUACCACACAGACUGCCUGAUAGCUGAGGGGAAACUAAAGGAAGCUGAACGGUUGGAGGAGAGACACACUGGCAAGUCAGCUGACCUUGGCCCAGGCCAGUUGGGAGGGCAGAGGCGAAGCUCUGUCAAGAAGAUGGAGCGUUUGAUGGAGAAGAGGCAUGGCAGAGUGCAGGAGACUCAGCUGAAGUGUACCAAGGCUCGCAAUGACUACCUGCUGAAUCUAGCAGCAGCAAAUGCAGCCAUGAACAAGUACUACCUGCAAGAUGUCAGCACACUUAUUGAUUGCUGUGACCUUGGUUUCCAUUUGUCCUUGGAGAGAGUGAUGAAGUGUUACCUGGCCAGUAGGUGGCGCAUUCAGAAGACAGAAGAGACGGGCCUUAAGCAGCUGGAAGCUGCUGUGACAUCCCUGGAUCAGAGUGGAGACAGGGAUGCGUUGUUACAGCAACACGAUGCUGCUUUCUGCCUUCCAUUCAGAUUCAAUUACCACCCACAUGAAGGAGACCAGGUGUGUGAGGUGAGUGCGGAGAGCCAGGUGAGGUAUGAACUGGAAACCAGGUUCCAGCAGCUUCAAUCUCGACUGGCAGCUGUUACCUUGGAAACAGAGGAGGUCAGUAAAACGCUUAAAGCCACACUUGCAGCCCUCCUGGACACAAUGUGUGACAGCGAGUAUAACUCCUCGCUGGACGUGUCCAGCAGCCUAUCACAUGAGCCCCCUGGAGGAAGUACAGUCCAAAAACUUACCCUUGCCAAGCGUCGAGCCAAUCAGCAGGAGACAGAGACCUACUAUCUUACAAAAGUGAAGGAGUUUCUCACCAGCAGCUCUCUGGCCUCCAAGCUGCAAGCCAAACAUGAUCUUUUACAAGAUGCCAUACAGAAAGCUGAGGCCGUCGACAGUGACCCUUCCAGAAUGCAAUGUGCUCGGUCAGUCCGUGUUCGGAAGUCCAGACCUGUUUCCCAAUUCUGCCACACACUCUUCACCACAGACAUACUCUCCUACAUACAGAGCUCUGGACAGCAGAUUCCUGUGGUGGUUGAAAGCUGCAUCCGCUUCAUAAACCUCCACGGCCUCCACCAUGAAGGAAUUUUCAGAGUUCCUGGCUCACAGCGGGAAGUAAAUCUCAUCAGAGAUGCAUUUGAAAGAGGAGAAGAUCCUCUGUCAGACAGUGAGUGUGACCUGGACUCUGUGGCCGGUGUACUGAAGCUGUACUUCAGGGGUCUUGAGCCUCCUCUUUUCCCUUAUGACAGCUACUCUAAGCUGCUGGAGUGUGUCCAAAUUGAGGAGGAGACAGAGAAAGCUGCCCAGAUUAAAGCAGUUGUUUCCACCUUCCCACGGCCUCUCCUCAUCGUGAUGCGUUACCUCUUUGCUUUCCUCAAUCAUGUGUCUCAGUACAGUGACGAGAACAUGAUGCAGCCCUACAACCUGGCCGUUUGCUUCGGUCCGAGCCUCCUGAGGGGGAUGGAUUCUGAUGAUGCUGUUGCUAGGCAACCACAGGUUAACGACCUUGUCAAAACCAUGAUCCUCCAACAUGACAUCAUCUUCCCCAGCCAAUCAGAGCUGCCAGGCCCUGUUUACGAGAAGCACAUGACUCUGGAGCAGGAGUACUGUGAACCAAUCACAGAGGAGGGAGAUGGAGAGACCGAGCAUCUCCCCAGUGAGGAUGAGUGGGAGGCAGUGGCAAUGUUCGACUACGUGGCCAGAUCUCCAGCAGAGCUUUCCUUCAAGCAAGGAGAGCCUCUCAUUCUUCACAGCAAAGCCUCCUGUGACUGGUGGAGAGGAGAAGUGGGAGGGGUUAAAGGUCUCAUCCCUCACAAGUACAUCAGCGUGCUGGAGGGGCCUGAACGAGGGAAAAGAGAUGAAGGAGGAGGAGGGGGCAGCACUGGAAACCUAACAGCAGAAGAUCCGCAUAUGGAGAACACAACUCGGAUGCGGGUGAACAGUGAUAGUGCUUCGUUGCCGGGGAGACAGAGAGGAAGUGAGGGCAGCCCAAGCCGAAAGCCACAAACUUCCCCUGCCACACGACAUCUACCAGUGUCUCAGGAGCGAAGACACACUUUGGACACAGUAAGACAGGGCAGCAGACUUACAGACAAACCUCCAUUUAUUCAGACUGAAAGAACACAAAUUGAUAAGGAGGUGAUCAGCCGUCAGAUGAACUCUGUGUUCAAGGAGCUCUUGUCUCGCCAGCCUCCAGUGCAAUCGUCCACCCUCACCACCCCUGCUGCCCCUGCUCCGUCGUCCUCUUCCCCUCUUCCUCAAGCUGCCCCCUCUGCCAAAAAAGGAGGAUUUGGUCUCAGAGGACGAGCUAUUUUCAGACCAGUGGACUAAAAUGAAGAGAGGACAACAGGGGAAUUUUUGAUUCAUUGUUUGAUGAUGAUAAUUAUUAAGCGGAUGCCAAUGAGGCAUUUGGUGAAGAUCUUGAUAUAUUUUUUUGACAUUGACACGUGUAUAAUAAUUGCGUUUGCCAUUUCAUAGUGCCACUAGUCUCAGUGACGUGUAACUGUACGUCAAGUGUGUCUGUUUUCCAGCUGGGUUUGGUCUGUUUUAUGUUCUGAUCUCUUUUGUUCUUCAGGCCUUUACAACUUUUGACGAGUCAGGGCUGUGACUUCACAAGUGAGAUCACCAGACUGUGGUUGACAUGGUACUAACUCUACAUCAACUCCAAAAUACUUAAGCUGCCCCCUAGUGGCAGGUCUGAGAUCAGCUCACCCCGAUGUUUACAUCAUUCUAAACAGAACACUGAUCUAGGGCCUGUGUCUAGGAGUGCCUUUACAUCUUUUUCUUCUAACAUUUAUUUGAUUUUAAAAGAUCAGUCAUGUUUCAACUCUGCAUUUUAUAUAAAAUGUGAACCAGGAAGAUAUCUAUGGACUCAAAAGUGUUCAGUAUUAAAGACAAAAUUAGUAUAUAUUUGUGUUUAAAACUAUGUCAAAUAUCUAAGUGAAUCAACUAUUUGUGAAAUAACUGGAAAGUUUUUAAAAAUCAGUUCAUUGUGGCACACAAUUACAUGUGUUUUCUCAUGGUCAAAAUAAAUAUCAGUUUUAUUUCAAGACAAAAACUUUUAUUUGAGUGAAUUCAUUUCAAAUGCCCAUUAUUUUAUGACAUUUUCCAGUAACAACAUGAUCUCAUGAUAAUUUUUAUAUUAUAAUUGUAAUUGUAUUAUAAUUAGUUAUAUAUUAAAUAAUUACAAUUAUUUAUAUUAUAAUGUAUAACAGUUUUUUUAUUUUUCUUUAAUUUUGUAUUUAAUUGCUGGUUUGUUGUAGUUUAAUUUGUUAUAGGGUUAGGGUUAGGCAUUAAAAACUCUGUGGUUAAGUUUUGGCACCAAAUCUUUCUGUGUAGAAACAUACAGUAACUUGACUUAAACUAAACACUAUUACAAAGUCAAUCACAAACAAAAUCAAAAGCUAUUCUAACUCAACUUGCAAUGAGUACAGUCCCCCAAGUAAAAGACAUUAAUGUGCAGCUGACCACAAGAAAAUUCUUAUGUAUGCUAGGCAUCAAUGGUCUUACAUCCCAUAUGAAUAGUGUGAAGUCUUGGGCUGGCAAAUUCAAUUCUAUGUCUGCUAAUACAACUUGCAAUGGAAACUGAGAAUAAUUUGCCUUUUCAAGUAGCUACGCAAUUGCCAACCAAUCAAAUCGUUUUAAUGAUAGCAUAUACGAUGUUGUGAUUGACUACAAUUUCAACCAAUGUUGAGUUUUAAAACAUGCAUUGUCAAUCCUACUUUACUUUUAAAAAUUGUGAUUUAAACAACAACAACAGACAAAUGGGCCAUUUGUUUCUUUAGCUGAAAAAUGAAUAGUUCUGGUUCACAUAUUUUAUUUUCUGCCAUGAGAUUGGGUUGUAAGAACAUCCCAUUCAUAUGGUAUUUAUACCUUCUUAAUUGGUCUUAAAGCUUAGAUUCAUGAAUAAUAUAACUGAGUUUUAAUGUUGUGAUUACAAGCCCAUGAUUUCCAUGAAUAAGUAGCAGCAUCCAUUUAUUUUUUU